CCCUCCGCGCCCUCCCCCUGCUCCCCGCCGCCCGGCCCCUAUGGCAGCCGCUUCCCCGCCCCGCCGCCGCCCGCACCCCCCGCGCCGCCCCGCCGGGCUCCGCCGCUCGCCCCAGCGUCGCGCCCGCGCUCGGUCGCCGCUCGCUGACCCGCUGCCGCCGCCGGCCGGGGCCCCGGGAUGCCCAGCGGCCCCGCCGCCCGUCCCUGCCGCCCGCCGCGCCGCCCGGGGGGCACGCCGCCGCCGCCGCUGCCGGAGAGUUGAGUUAGGAAGUCAUGGUGCCCUGGGAGCCCUCCCCGCCCCGGCAGUGCGGCGGCGGCGGCGGCUGGACGCUCUGCGACUGCUGCUGCUGGCUGCUGCUGCCCGCCGUGCUGCUCGUCCUCGCCCGCCCCGACAAGCUGGCGGCCUUCCCUACCUCCUUAAGCGACUGCCAGACGCCCACCGGCUGGAACUGCUCCGGUUAUGAUGACAGAGAAAAUGAUCUCUUUCUCUGCGACACCAAUACCUGUAAAUUUGAUGGGGAGUGUUUAAGGAUUGGAGACAGUGUGACUUGUGUCUGUCAGUUCAAGUGUAACAAUGACUACGUGCCCGUGUGCGGCUCCAACGGCGACACCUACCAGAACGAAUGCUACUUGAAACAGGCUGCCUGCAAGCAGCAGAGUGAAAUACUCCUGGUGUCCGAAGGAUCGUGUGCGACUGAUGCUGGCUCAGGAUCUGGGGAUGGAGUCAAUGAAGGCUCAGGUGAAACCAAUCAAAAAGAGACAUCGACCUGUGACAUUUGCCAGUUUGGAGCAGAGUGUGACGAAGAUGCAGAGGAUGUUUGGUGUGUGUGCAACAUUGACUGUUCUCAAACCAACUUCAAUCCUCUUUGUGCUUCCGAUGGGAAAUCUUAUGAUAAUGCAUGUCAAAUCAAAGAGGCAUCAUGCCAGAAACAGGAGAAAAUUGAAGUCAUGUCUUUGGGUCGAUGUCAAGAUAAUACUACAACAACUACAAAAUCGGAAGAUGGGCAUUACGCAAGAACAGAUUAUGCAGAGAAUGCAAAUAAACUGGAAGAAAGUGCAAGAGGGAUCUACAUCCCUUGUCCAGAGCAUUACAAUGGCUUCUGCAUGCAUGGCAAGUGUGAGCACUCCACUAACAUGCUGGAACCGUCUUGCAGAUGUGAUGCCGGCUAUACUGGACAACACUGUGAAAAAAAGGACUACAGCGUUUUAUAUGUGGUUCCAGGUCCAGUAAGGUUUCAGUAUGUCUUAAUAGCAGCUGUGAUUGGAACCAUUCAGAUUGCUAUCAUCUGUGUUGUAGUCCUCUGUAUUACAAGGAAAUGCCCCAGGAGCAACAGAAUCCACAGACAGAAGCAAAACACAGGGCACUACAGUUCAGACAACACAACAAGAGCAUCGACAAGUUCUAGUGGCAAUUUUGAGUCUACUGAACUCAGUAGUAGGGUUUUGAGUUGGUCCAAGAUCAGCGACAAUUAUGGAUGUGGGAAAGGUGAAGAAUAAUUUAACCUACAUUGAGGAGGGAUAAAAUAUUUCAGAUCCGGAGUCAACUACAUUUCAUCAGCCUUCUUCUCCCAUACCAUCUAUCUUUACUCUCCCAUAGCUUAGGAAGUCUUUGCCUUCUAAAUUAAAUCCUAACCGAAGGGGAAAUGGAAAUUCUCGGUAACCGCGAUGAGAGUGUCGGGGGUAAUAUCUUGAGUUGGGAGGGAAUUAGGUGGCUGUCAAGGUGAACCCUACGAGAACGCUUUGCAGAAGCUCCAACUCUGGUCACUGGAGUGAGUGAAAAUUGCUUCUUACUGUUGAUUGAAAAUUAUUAGGUUAAAAAAGUUAAUAACUUAAUAACAGCUGAAAUGCCAGCACCAUUUGUACCUCAUGAACAUGCUGAUAUAAUUUAUUUUUUCAAAAAGAAGGUGAAAACCUCUCAGAAAAUACCUUAUGAAUAACUUUAUGGGUGACCCUACUCCAUUAAAUGGAAUGAACUCAAAUGUUGGCUAUACCUCAGGAAAAUAAGGGCAUGUGUUUUGUCACAUCCACAUGAUGGACAAGAUGCAAAGUUAUUUCCACGGUAGCUGAAACUCUCCAAAACACAUUCAUUCGAGAAGCUGAUAUUACUCUAGUUUGGGCUCUGAAUCUUGAAGACGACAGAGCGAGACUGAAGGGCAGAGUGCAGUAACUUCACUCCUGCUGGAUAACAUCCGCUCCGCUAAUUGACUGCCGGAGUACUAGUCACACUAAAUAACAUAACCGAGCUCAAAAAACCUUGCAACAGUAUUCGUUAUCGUGCUGCUCCUGUCCAAAGAGACUUUGCCUAGGCAGAAAGUACCCAUGACGAGAGUUAGGAGUAGUUCGCGCUGUCAUCACCACGUAAGAAAUUACACUUGGGUGGGAAUCGGAUCUGGGGUUACCUGGGAUGAUGUCUCACGAGCGUGUUUCCAUUUCCUGCUUCAGCAUCGGUCUGACCACUCACAACAGUCACCGCCAACCCCACCGGUGACAGUCCACCCGAUCUGGCCUUCAGACACGGGUGAAGCGAUACUUCUACUCUAACAUGGCUUUUGGUCUCCCCCCACCCCCUCCAGCCUGCUUUAAAGUGAAUCCAUUGCAUGAUGUUCACACGGUCUCAGUUUUUGUCUUGUUCUGGGUUUCUUGGCUUUUUAAAGGUAAUAAAAGGCGAUUGGCAAGA